AUGGCUACCUCCAACAAAGUUCGUCUAGGUGCCGUACAGGCAGAGCCAGUCUGGCUCGACCUCGAUGGCAGUGUUGACAAAACCAUCCAUCUCAUUGAGAAAGCUGCCUCAGAUGGAGUUCAAGUACUUGGAUUUCCCGAGGUGUGGAUUCCGGGAUACCCAUGGAGUAUGUGGACAUCUGCAGUAAUCAACAACACACACAUCAUCCACGAGUACAUGGCAAACUCCAUGCGACGGGACUCAGAACAAAUGCGUCGCGUCCAAGCUGCCGUUAAAAAGGCCAACAUGUUCAUCGUCCUCGGAUACAGUGAGCGAGAGGGUGGCAGCUUAUACAUGGCGCAAUCAUUCAUCUCACCCGAUGGAGAAAUCGUGCAUCACCGCCGCAAGAUCAAACCCACCCAUAUUGAACGCACUAUCUGGGGAGAGGGCCAAGCCGAGUCCCUCAAAUGUGUAGUCGACUCCCCAUUUGGAAAGAUCGGUGGCUUGAACUGCUGGGAACACCUCCAGCCACUGCUGAGAUACUAUGAGUACUCGCAAGGCGUGCAGAUUCAUGUAGCUAGCUGGCCGGCUGAAUUUGAAAUGCCUGACCCGGCAAAGAUUAGCUGGCUGUAUCAUGAAACGGGAGAGGCGAGUUCUCGAGCAAGUCAAUUCAUGGCUAUUGAAGGACAAUGCUUUGUGCUUGUCGCAUCUCAGAUUUUAACUGAAGAGAAUCUCGAUAAGAACAAUUUGACUGGGAAUCCUGUUACUAAGACUCCGGGUGGUGGGUUUUCUAUGAUUUUCGGACCUGAUGGGAAGCCGUUGUGUGAGCCCAUUGAGGCGGGUGUUGAAACUAUCCUAAUGGCGGAUGUGGACCUCAGAGAUAUUGACUACCCAAAGUCUUUUAUUGAUGUUGUGGGCCACUAUGCUCGGCCGGAUUUGCUUAGUCUACUGGUGAAUCCGAAAGUGGACAAGCAUGUAACUAUGAUGCAAAAGUAG